AUGACCACGGUUGGAACACUCUCCACAGACCUCGGUCCCGGUAAGAACAACAUGGCCGCCAACGACGACAAGUCAGACAAGCUGGCAGCCGCAUCCAUCGACGGGACUGGGUCCAUGAAUUAUCUGCAGGCGUGCUCAAAGCUGGACAUGGAGCCCAACCCAUUUGAGCAGAGUUUUUCAGGAACAACAACAACAGGCAGCGCAGAGGCUUCGGCAGGCGAGACUUCCAAACCCGUUCUGCCACCUAUCGCGUCCAUGUCUGGUCGACUGGCAUCCGGUAGCGACCAGUACGGAUGGACGGAGCCGUCGUUGCGCAUGGGUCCACUCUCGCCUUCCAUGCUGGAGGGGCCGCAGGAUCCCAUCAUGUUUGAAAAGCCCACAGGCGAGACCCUUCCCAUCGGCUCCUACCCAGCGACCACAGCACCUGUUUCAACCAUCUUUACUUCCGGCGUUCCCAUCGCCGAAAGUGGAUACCCGUUUGCCAUAUCCGGCGCCCAGUCGAUCCCACCUCCCGCAGGGCCUAUUCAGACGGCAGAGCCUUAUCCAUCCGUCAUGUACAACCAACAGCAGCCGAUGUCACAGUCGUCUGGUCCACAUGAUGUCCCUGCCAACCGACCAUCGCAGCCAUUCCCUCAUGGAAACGGUCAGGCGCCCAUGAAUGACCGGUAUAUGCCUCCACAGGGUGCCCCGCAUCCAGAGAAUGCCGGCGGUUAUGGCAAUCUUCAUCUUCUCAGUCAGGCUCAGGCGACGCAUCGCGAGAUGUGGAUUAAACGAGAGAGCAUCGAUGCUAACGGUCAUCUCCAGCACAAUCAGGGACCGCAUUAUCAUCCACACCAUCCCCAGCAACACCAGCAACAUCCACAGUCUACACAGCACGGUCAGAACAUGUCUGGAAUGCCUGGCAUGGUUUCUGCUCAACAGGCGUCGAAGCACAGCGCGGAGCCUUCAUUCAUGAGAGGAGGCCAACGCAACCGAAUGACGUCCGAGGAUAACAGCGAUGACUCUGAGAUGUCUAAGCAGUCGGCUAAUAGCAACGAAAGGUCCAGCCGAAAGAGAUCUUCUGUGAGCGAUGACAAGAUGGAUGAUGAGGAGAAGAGAAAGAACUUUUUGGAACGCAACCGGCAAGCUGCGUUGAAAUGUCGUCAGCGCAAGAAGCAGUGGCUGUCCAACUUGCAGGCGAAGGUGGAGUACCUUACGACAGAUAACGAGCACUUGCAGACACAGACAGCGACCCUCCGGGACGAAAUUAUCCACCUUAAGGCCUUGCUGUUGGCCCACAAGGACUGUCCUGUAGCACAGGCUAAUGGCGUGUAUGCAGACACGAUCAGCGGACCGAAUCACAGCCAUAACGGUAUGGUAUCCCAUGGCAGGGGACCUGCGCACGCCAUGCAGGGGCCAUCAUCCGGUCAGCCAUCACAACAACAGCAGCAGCAACAGCAGCGUGGUGCAGGAUCGAGGAAAGCACUACCGGCUCAGAUGCAGACAGGCGGUGCCCGCAUGUCGAUGUCCUCUACCGCUGCGACUGCAGGUCCGGUCGGACAGGCCAGCGUACGGUACUAG